CUACACUAGCUAGGAAAGAGAAGCGAUGGUAGCCCGUUUUAAAAACGGGCUUGAGCACCCCAGCCGAGAAGAAGCGUUGCAUCGCGUGCGGUCGGCCGCUGACCCUUGACUUCCUCCGUCCCUCCUCUUCCAUAUACGACUCGAUCGCCCUCUCUCUCUCUCUCUCUCUCCUUCUUGUGUAUCUUGUGUAUUUGACCUUCAAACACCUCUCCCUUAUAAAAGCGAGAAACCCUCCAAGAGCCUCUCCAUCUAAAGAACAAAAUCCCAUCCUUCUACAACUGAAAGAUCCUACAAAAACAGAGGAAGGAAUAGAGGGGAGGUGGAAUCGAAGCUACGAUCGAUUCGUUUCGUCGUAGAUGAAAUUCCCUUCCUCCUCCAACUCCUUUGAGGAGAGGAACAAACACCUCUUCUUCCCAACCGAUGUCUAACAUCCCAUCUUCUCUCUCAGAUAUCUGCCUCACCUUCUUCCGGCUCACCAUGUCCGUUGCUGACCCCUGGCCCUUUGCGUAAUUCCCAAAAUACCCUCUUCCUUUUCUUUUUCUUCUUUUUUUUUUUUUUUUAAUUUCUCUUAUUACCUUCCUACUCUCCCACCCACAAUACCCUUUUUGUAAAUCAUGAGAAAAACGAGGGGUUUUAGAGUCAAGGUCUUUAAGCUCUGGAAAUGGGCUCGAAAGCCCUGCACCGGAGGUGGGUACCUGCGAUUAAACCCAUCCGACCAUACAAAAUCAAAGACGAUGACGAAAAUCUGCAACUGGGGCCGCCGCCUCACGAAAAGUCUCUGCUUUUCAUCGAGGAAGUCCUCGAGCUAUGCUCGAGUGGACCAGGCGCCGUUCGAUGAGAAACCGGUGACAGUGCCCAAAGGCCAUCUAGCCGUCUACGUAGGCCAGAAAGACGACGAUCCGCACCGGUAUCUGGUGCCGGUGAUUUACUUCAACCACCCGCUCUUCGGAGAGCUUCUGAGGGAGGCUGAGGAGGAGUACGGUUUCCAGCACCCCGGUGGGAUUACUAUACCGUGCCGGACGUCCGAGUUCGAGAACGUGAGGAUGAGGAUUGCUGCCGGAAACUGACGUGCUGGCGUCUCUCAGGACGGCGUAGUUUCUGUUUUUCCUUUGAAUUACUUCCAACGUUUUUUUUUUUAAUUAUUUUUAGAUAGGUAGUUUGGAUUAGUUGUGUAAUUAGGAGCUGUAAUUACAGAUUUGAUUGUGGUUUAGUGAAAAAGAUGAAUUUAAUUAGCGAGUGCAGAAUUCGUCAUUGUUUCCGUCA